CCCUCGCCCGGCGCGGCAGUCGUGUGUUGGAGGUUGCGAAGGGAAGACCCACACGCUACUCACGGGGGGAGUCCGUGCUUAUUUCUCGACAGGUGUUGCAUACACAACACUGUAACAAUGCCAGUAUUCCAUACUAAGACAAUUGAGGGUAUCCUCGAGCCCGUUGCUCAGCAGGUUUCUCGUCUGGUGAUCCUGCACGAGGAGGCGGAAGAUGGCAACGCGAUGCCAGACUUGGAGAAGCCGGUCAUGGCUGUCUCCAAAGCCGUCGUCAACCUCGUCAAGGUUGGAAGAGAGACCAUAAAUAGCAGUGAUGACCCCAUUUUGAAACAAGAUAUGCCAGCAGCCUUGAACCGAGUUGAAAGUGCAGCCAAAUUAUUAGAGGAAGCCUCUUCACUUCUGAAAGCAGACCCAUAUUCACAACCAGCCAGAAAGAAACUAAUUGAAGGAGCAAGAGGUAUUUUGCAAGGAACAUCUGCAUUGCUACUGUGUUUCGAUGAAUCAGAAGUUCGCAAAAUUAUACGAGAAUGUAAGAAAGUUCUUGACUACCUUGCUGUAGCUGAAGUUAUUGAAACUAUGGAAGAUUUGGUACAGUUUGUUAAGGACUUAUCUCCUUGCCUGACAAGAGUGUCUCGUGAUGUGGAUGGACGUCAGCAGGAGCUGACACACCAAGUCCAUCGUGAAAUCCUAAUGCGCUGUUUAGAAGGGGUGAAGACUCUCUCUCCCAUCCUCAUAUGCUCAAUGAAAAUUUUCAUUCAAAUUUUCCAUCAAGGAGGGAAAGGCAUAGAGGAAGCUGCUGAAAAUAGAAAUUAUUUAGCUGGGAGGAUGACAGAUGAGAUCAAUGAAAUAAUUCGUGUGCUGCAACUAACAACGUAUGAUGAAGAAGAAUGGGAUGCAGAUAAUUUGACUGUUAUGAAGAAAGCCCUCAAUGCCAUUGAUGGCAAAGCUCAAGCAGCACAUGAUUGGCUUUUAGAUCCAACAGCUUUAAGGGGUGGCAUCGGCGAGAAAUCACUACGGCAAAUAUUGGCACAGGCAGACAAAGUUGCUGAUCGGUCUUUACCCCCUGACCGUGAUGCAAUAAAGAAAUUGUCAGGCGAUAUAUCCUCCAUGACUGAUGCACUUUGUGAAUUGAGGCAAGAUGGGAAAGGAACAACACCACAGGGACAGAGCUUAGCACGAAGCAUUGGAGAGAAGCUGAAUGAACUGAGUGGUGCAAUUUCAAGAGCUGUAAGCAAUGUGGAGCGUAGUGGUGUUCAGCAGCCAGCCCAUACCGUUGCUGGACGACUGGAGCAGGCACAGCGUUGGCUUAAUAAUCCUUCAUUGGAUGAUAAAGGAUUGGGACAACAAGCCAUUGGUCUAAUUGUGGAGGAAGGCAAGAGGGUUGCAGCAGGACUGACUGGCCCAGCACAGGCAGACAUCCUUGCACUGUGUGAUGAAGUUGAUGGCCUCUCUCAACAACUAUCAGAGAUGUGUAGACGUGGACAAGGAGACAGUCCCCAGGCGCAAGCCAUUGCCAGGCAUGUUCUAUACAAGGCUGGUACUCCCAACACCUGGUGCUGUGCCCAAAUUGGCUUCAGCACCCGGAGCCAUUACCAAGUCAACCAUGAUAUUAUUAAAAGCUCACCCUCCUGUAUAAUAGGUACUCCUGGCCGUGAACAAGCCUUUGACAACAGAGCUGCUAACCUGGCUAAUUUCAGCAACAGAGCAGCCAAAACAGCCCUAAUGGUUGCUGCAGGUAGUUCUGGUGGAAACAAGAAAUUGACAGAAGCUCUUUUAGCAUCAUCUGGGCAAGUGGAAAGUCUGACCCCGCAGUUGGUUGCAGCAGGACGUAUUCGCAUGACAUAUCCCACAAACAAGGCAGCAGAUGAACAUUUUGAGAAUCUGCGCAGACAAUAUGCAGAGAGUAUCCAAAAAGUGAGAGACCUUGCAGAUGAAGCAACAGAUUCUGCUGCUUUUAUUAAAGCCUCAGAAAAUCUGAUAAAGAAACACACUGCUGCCUGUGAGUCAUCUAUUGCCACACAUGAACCACAGUCAAUGGUGGACAACACAAGUGCCAUUGCCCGUCUUGCCAAUCGGGUACUAAUGGUAGCAAAACAAGAGGCUGAUAAUUCUGAGGAUCCUGGAUUUGUAGCAAAAGUCAAUGCUGCUUCUGACCAACUACAAGCAGCUGUAACACCAAUGGUACAAAAUGCAAAGGAUGUAGCAAUGAACCCAGAUGAUCAGAGAGCCAUAAGCAGAUGGCGACAGUCCAACCAAGCUUUACUGACUGCAGUUGGCGAAGUGCGUCGUGCUGUAAUGGUAUAUCCUGAUGAGGAACCCACUAUUCCACCCCCACCAGACAUGUCAGCACUCUCUCUAAGUGCUCCUCCGCGUCCUCCUGCCCCACCACAAAUGAUCGACCUUGAGGAUGACAUUUUUAAGGUUGAUUUCAUGAAAAUAUUUGGGGAACCAGAAGGAGCAUUGACUCCUUUGCAGUAUCAGAGCAUCCACAUGCCUGAAAGAG